AUGGCCACCAAAGAAUUUCAAGUGGAGUCCCACAUCUCUUUGAAGCAGUUGAAUAACCAGUCGGUAUCUUUGAUUAUUCCUCGGCUGACAAGAGAUAAGAUCCACAAUUCAAUGUAUUACAAAGUCAAUCUGAGUAACGAGUCUUUGAGGGGCAAUACAAUGGUAGAGCUACUGAAAGUCAUUAUCGGCAAAUUUGGCGCAUUAAAGGAUCAAGAUGGCCAUAUGAACAUGUCUGUUCUAGGUGGUGUAGAAUUUAAGUGCAUCCUGAUGAAACUGGUUGAAAUUAGACCCACUUUGCAACAAUUAACCUUCUUAUUAAACGUGAACGACUCGAACACUUUUAGUUCUAAGUACAUUACCGCUUUGAUUCUGGUUUAUGCGCGGUUGCAAUACUAUUAUUUAAAUGAUAAAAAUAACAAUGAUACUAAUGCCGAUGAUUUGGUAAAAUUAUUUAAAGUACAAUUAUACAAAUAUUCACAGCAGUUUUCCAAACUAAAAAGUUUCCCACUACAAGUGGAUUGCUUUGCUCAUUCUAAUAACGAAGAACUCUGUAUAAUACGCGUUGAUGAAUUAGUCGAUUGGUUGGUCACUCAAGACCACAUCUGGGGUAUUCCUUUAGGUAAGUGUCAGUGGAGUAAAAUAUACGACUCAGAAGAAGAAAGUAGCUCAAGUGGAAGUGAUUAUGAAGAUGACAGUGAAAGUGGCAGUGACAGCGGUAGCGAAUCAUAG